CUCCGGGCGGGGCGAGCGAGCGAUCCGGCGCAUCAGGCUGCCUGGGAAGCCCAGCUGUCGGCGGUUCCUGGAGGCUCUUUCCCACUCGGGAGGAUCUGAGCAAAUGAAGCCCCCGGCCCCCGCGUACCAGAAGCUGAAGGCGCCGGAGAGCCCUCGGGAGCUGCUGCCCCUGGCCGAGCAGCUGGGCCAGACUCUGCACCAGUUCCAUGGCUCUGCACUGGGGAGGCCCUGCCACAGCCCUGUCUCCGGGCUGCGUCCUGCAGAGCCGCCCAGGCGAUCCGCCUCCCUCCUGCCCUGGGACUUCCAGUGCUUGCUAGUGACGGCCGUCUUGUCCACUGUGCUAGUGGUGACCCUGGUGGUCCACUCCUUCUUCUUUCCCCUGCACGGUUUGGCCGCAUUAGGACACGUGGCAUCGGCCCCACACGUGGAUCACAGGUGCAGCGACUCCUGCAGGAGUGUGCUGGUGGAGAGCAUCCCUGAGGGAGUGACGUACGAUGACAACAGCACAGCCGGCCCUUCCACCUUUGAGACUUGGCAAAGCCUUCUGAGAAACGCCAGGCGCUCGGUGGACAUUGCCUCUUUCUACUGGACUCUCAGCAACCAGGACACCCACACCCAGGAUCCUUCAGCCAGCCAGGGGCAGGAAAUACUGGAUGAACUGCUGCAUGCCACCAGUCGAGGGAUUGCACUGCGGAUAGCAGUCAACCCGCCUUCUGCCCGGAUGCCCAGUACCGACCUUCAGCUCCUGGAGAAGAGCGGGGCCCAGAUUCGCCAGGUGGACUUACCCAGGCUGACCCGGGGAGUCCUGCACGCCAAAUUCUGGAUUGUGGACCAGCUACACAUUUAUCUUGGCAGUGCAAAUAUGGACUGGCGUGCCCUUACCCAGGUGAAGGAGCUCGGGGCAGCCGUCUACAACUGCAGCUGUCUGGCCCAGGACCUGGGGAAGAUGUUUGAGGCGUACUGGACCCUCGGGCUGCCGAAUGCCACCAUCCCAUCCCCCUGGCCGGCCAAUUACUCCACCACCUACAACAAGGAGACGCCCCUGGAGCUGCGGCUGAACGGCACAGAGGCUGCCGUCUACUUCUCGAGUGCUCCCCCAGCCUUGUGUGCCUCCGGGAGGACGGAGGAUCUCCAGUCCCUGCUGAGCAUCAUCGACGGGGCCCAGGAGUUUGUCUACGUGGCUGUGAUGAGUUACUUGCCCACCAUGGAGUUCUCCCACCCCAGGAGGUUCUGGCCGGCCAUCGAUGACCACUUCCGGAAGGUGGUCUACGAGAAGAGAAUCCCCCUCCGCCUCCUGGUCGGCUGCUGGGGACACUCCAAGCCAAGCAUGUUCCCCUUCCUGCGCUCCUUGGCGGCCCUGCAGGACAACCGCACCCACUACAGCCUGGAAGUGCGGCUCUUUGUGGUGCCUGCAAAUGAGACACAGGCCAAGAUCCCCUAUGCCAGAGUGAACCACAGCAAGUUCAUGGUUACAGACAAGGUGGCUUACAUUGGUGAGUAG